GUGAGUGCAGUCUGAUGCUCAGACAGGAGGAAGGCGACAUGGAGGUCAGAGCUCUCUGCUUCAGACUGUUGAUAAAUGUGUUGAUGCUGCUGGUCACACAUGUGCAGCAAGGUUAUCCUCAGACAUCUGAUGCAGAUUUUCACAUGGUUCCAUCCAGACUGCAGCUCUUUCAAUAUGAAUCAGUCUCUUUUACCUGUCAGGGGUUUAAUGACCCAGCAGGAUGGAGAGUGAGAAAUGUCAAUGAUAUCACUCCUAAAUGUUUGAAUGGUGCAGCGCCAUCAACAGUGACCUGCACCAUUGACUAUGCCUUUAAAUCAGACAGUGGAGGAUACUGGUGUGAAGGUGGAGGAGGACGGAGAAGCAACUCUGUCAACAUCACUGUCUCUGAAGGUCAUGUGGUCCUGGAGAGUCCUGUUCUUCCUGUGAUGGAGGGAGCAGCUGUGACUCUGCGCUGCAGAAGCAGGAACCCUUCCUCCAACCUCACAGCUGAUUUCUAUAAAGACAGCCUCCUCGUUGGGACCAGCCCGACAGGAAACAUGACUAUUCAAAAUGUUUCCAAGUCUGAUGACGGCUUCUACAAGUGUAAAAUCUCUGGAGCUGGAGAGUCAGCAGAGAGCCAACUGAUGAUCAGAGCUGUGGCUCCAAACCCCACAGUUGGGUCUGUCGUCUCUGGAGCUGGAGAAUCAGCAGAGAGCCGGCACACAGUCAAAGUGAGGAUCCCAAAGACUGACGGCUCGGUGAAACAAAGUGAGAACUCAAACACACAACACACAGACAGAAAAGCACCUCGCAGAGGGGUUUUUUUCCCUCAUCCUUACUACAUCCUGCUGUGGGCCAUUAUCUCUGUUGUGCUGUUUCUGCAGCUGCUGGUGAUUGGACUGCUCUACUGGAAGAAACAACUAGUCUUACUACAGGUCAAGCUGAGUGAUCCAAACAAGGACAUGUACACUGUCGUCAAAAAAGAUAAGAAAAAGAAACGUAAAAAAGAUGCUGCAGAUGCUGCUGAUAAUUUGAGCAUCUGUCUUGAGACAAACCACAGCAGAGACCCACAGACAGAAAAAGAUCAAGAUGAAUUCCCGCCUCUGUCUUUUCACUCCACCUUCACUGUUGAAGACACACAGAAUCAACAAAAUGAAUCAGGGACAUCCAGCUUCUCCGAUUCAGAGUUUCCCUCACCUCCUACAGAUCCAUCUUUAUCAGAUCAGGAGCUUCAGUACUCUUCCAUCCAGUACGACUGAGGGUCACUGAGCACAGAGAGUGAAGAAGGAGGGAAAUAAACUUCACAGUGUUGUAACAUUAACUGAGAGUUUGUUACCAUUCAGUAAAAACUGUAAUGCUUUGUAGAUAUUUACAAGAAUGUUAUCUGUCAAAUAAUUUUAAUAGGUGUUUGGUUGAAUAUUGAAUCACAUCAGCUGCACAGUAAACAUUUUGCCAUCUCUUCAACAAGUUAAACAACAGCAGUCACAGUUUGUCCACAUUGAUAUGUUUUAAAACCUCAGGUACAGCAUCUUUUAUUUGAACUGGCCUGGUUGCUGACUGGCCUGGCUGUUAUUAACAGUGAUAUGGUGCCAACGUUGUUGAAUUUAAUGAAGGAAUGUAGUGAAGAUGUAUGAUAAAGCGAGAAUAAAGCAGUAACCUAAAUAAAUAACUCUGCUGUUGGAGAAAAGGUUGUUGACUGUUAAAAGGUGUCUUAACCUGUCAGUUACAUGUUUUACAUGGUCUGUUAACUCUGUGUUUGUGUUCACAAUAAAAGUUGUCUUAUUUCA